GUAUGAUCUGUCACGGACUUGGCAAUUUGCUGCGUACUAAACCGGUAUUCCAUUUCAGGCUUUAUCGCAGACGCGUACCGCCUUAAUUUUUUAAAGUUUGAACUCGGCUCCGUUUCAUAAUAAUCGAGCCCUUUGUUAUUGACGAGUUGUAUUACGCACAAUAAGCAACGCUUUUUUAUUUGUUUCGUCUCCAUUGCUGUAUACAGAGCUAAAACCAAACCAGUAAAAAUGAAAACUAUAAAAUUGGAAUCUGCUGACGGAAAAAAGUUUGAGGUCGAUAUAGAAGUAGCUAAAUGUUCAAUAACAAUCAAAACGAUGCUUGAUCUACACGCCGCUUUAGUAGAUAUUGAUAACGAAGCAAUUCCUCUUCCCAAUGUUAACGGUGAUAUUUUAAAACUUUUUAUUGAGUGGGCCACCCAUCAUGUAAAAGAGGAAGAAGAUGCUGUAAAAAUUACCCCUUGGGAACAGAAAUUUCUAAAGGAUCAUGACUCACAACUGAGAGAACUCAUUAUGGCUGCAAAUUAUUUAGAUGUUAAAAGGUUAUUAGAUAUAACAUGUUUUGCAGUAGCCCAACAAAUAAAAGGAAAAUCUCCAGACAAAAUUAAGAAAAGAUUGGAAGCAUUGGUAGAUGUUGAAGAUUAAAAAGUAAAAUGUUACAAGGAAAAAACAAUUCCUUUUUUAUGUUAAAUUUUAAAAAUACUUCAUUAAACUUCAUUUUUUAUAUCAUAUAAGUGAAUAAAUAUAUUAAAAUUGUAAAUAAAACCUACAAGAGAAAACAAUAUCCUGAAGUACUGUUUCUCAUUUUUUUAACUUAA